UGCAAAUGUAUGCAAACGAGAAGUGUGAAACGCAAAAGAAACAAAAUGAUGGCAGGUGCUAUCGCACUGAAGAUGCAAAAAGAGAAUAACAGAGACCCCCCUGCUCCCGCAGUUUUCUGGCGUAUGGGUUCCGACUUGUUGUAUAGUUGUUCAGACCAUUUUGCCUUUUCCAGAUCUAGUACAUGCAACGCUUACUUGGAAGAAAAAGCGCUUUUAGAUCUUCAGGUCCGGGAUUUCUUGCUUCGGUUUCUUCAACAAAAGAUAACUCGGAAAAAUCAUCUCGGUAUCAUUGUCACAGCCCGUACAAAAAUUGCCGGCAUCUCCAUAGUAGAGGCACGUUGUCGUUUUUCUCACCUGUUUUGAAGCGCACGCUUUCCUACUUCAUUCAUCAAGACUUUUCCACGAUGGCUGCUGCUAUUCCACCGGAGUACCCGAAAUGCAAGUUCACCUAUUUUCCGAUCGCUGGCGCGGGGGAGCGGGUGCGGCUCGCUUUCGUCAUGACCGGGAAGGAGUUUGAGGAUAACCGCGUGAAAUUUCCGGACUGGCAGGCUUUGAAACCCACGACGCCGUAUGGACAGAUGCCGCUUCUGGAUCUUACCUUCGAAGACGGCUCGACGAAGAGGUUCUGCCAGAGCAUCGGGCUCAUGACCUACGUCGCCCGGCAGUUCGACACGACCAAGACUCUCUACCCGGAACACGACCCCGUCAAGUGCGCUUUAGUGGAUGACGUACAACUAUUUUCUGAGGCGCAGCUUCCAACGUGCGAUGUGAACAAUAUAAACGAAUGUUUAUGUUUUUCGAGCUGCAGCGUGUGAUGUUUUCUCCAAACCCGCGCAGUCUCCAGGGCGAGUCGUCAAAGGAUACACGACGUAGAAUUAUUGGAUGUGGAUUGCAAAUCGUCUAUGUCACUACAUCAACAUCACUAUUAUACACUUUUAUCAGGUCCGCGGCCUCUCCGAUGAUAUGUUCCGGUCCUGGACACCGGCUUUGUACAUUGGCAUGAGUAACCGGCACGUGAAUUUCGGGCACCCCGAGGAGUGGCCGGAGCGAGACGCGACGGUCCAGAAGCUUCGGACCACGUUUCUUGCGGAAGAAUUACCACGGUUCAUGGGCUACCUCAAGAAGCUUUUGGAGGAAAACGGAGGGCCCUUUCUCUGCGGCAAAGACGUCACCAUCGCGGACUUGCAGUGGCUUCCGCAAUUACGCUACUACCAGGGCGGCAUCGCGGACCACGUGCCGACGGACUCUCUGGACGCAUUCCCGUGGAUAAUCGAGUACAUUGCGAAAAUGCUCGAAGUGCCGCAAAUCAAAGCCUACUACAAGCUGUAAAUUGAUGUGAAUAAAGUUGUGAAGAAUAAAAAGCGAGGCACAACAAGCACUUCCGUUUGUCGAGGGGAAAACACUUUCACCACUUCUGGAUGAUUUUUUUAAGCCAGCUAAAAAGCCUAAAGGUAAACCCUCGAUGCAAUUAUGUUUUCA